UGCGGCCUAACGGCAUCUGCUAACCGGUCCCGGCCGGACCCACUUCCGGAGCGCAGUGCGGUUGCCCAGAACGGGGGACUGAGCGGGGCCCUGCUUGUGCCACGGUUUCCUCCCGGAACGCCUCGACGCGGGGACCUUCCGGUGUCCUUCCCGGCUGGCGCGCGGCGCGGCGCGGCGCGGCCAUGGCGCAGAAUCUGAAGGACUUGGCCGGGCGGUUGCCGGCGGGGCCCCGUGGCGUCGGCACAGCCCUGAAGCUGCUCCUGGGCGCUGGCGCCCUGGCCUACGGCGUCCGCGAGUCCGUUUUUAUCGUGGAAGGCGGCCAGCGGGCCAUCUUUUUCAACCGCAUCGGCGGUGUCCAGCAGGACACCAUCCUCGCCGAGGGGCUCCACUUCAGGAUCCCGUGGUUUCAGUACCCUAUCAUCUACGACAUCCGAGCCCGGCCACGCAAAAUCUCCUCUCCCACGGGAUCUAAAGACCUGCAGAUGGUGAACAUCUCACUGCGUGUUCUCACGCGCCCCAACGCUGCAGAGCUGCCCAGCAUGUACCAGCGCCUGGGCUUGGACUACGAGGAGCGAGUACUGCCUUCCAUUGUUAACGAAGUGCUCAAGAGCGUGGUCGCCAAGUUCAACGCUUCACAGCUCAUCACUCAGAGAGCCCAGGUGUCCCUGCUCAUUCGACGAGAACUGACAGAGAGAGCCAAGGAUUUCAGCCUCAUUCUAGAUGAUGUGGCUAUCACAGAACUGAGCUUCAGUCGUGAAUACACAGCAGCUGUGGAGGCUAAGCAAGUGGCCCAACAGGAGGCACAGCGUGCACAGUUCCUGGUGGAGAAGGCCAAGCAGGAACAGAAGCAGAAGAUUGUUCAGGCUGAAGGGGAAGCUACGGCUGCCAAGAUGCUUGGUGAAGCUCUGAGCAGGAAUCCAGGCUACAUCAAGCUACGUAAAAUCCGAGCUGCUCAGAACAUUUCAAAAACGAUUGCUGCCUCACAAAACCGUGUGUAUCUCACAGCAGAUAACUUGGUGCUGAACCUGCAAGAUGAGGGCUUUACCAGAGGAAGGUAAGGCGCUGAUCUUUAU